UCCGCACGCGGACGUUACCCUCUAUAUCUUGUCCACGUACCGGUACGGUACGUGGCUAGCCGGCCAGCGCCAAAACCUUUUUGCAUGCUGCAUCAACCUCACAAAUUCCUGUAAACAACGACCACUGGAUGAUAUUUACAGUUCUAAAUUAUCAGGGACUCCUUUAGAAGAUGAGCUGCAUCUGGGGUGGUAGAAACCGUGUCAUACGAGGACCAGACUGGACCUACAAGAACCAAGAUGGCGGAAGGGGACAUGCAGGAACUGUCUUGAAUCGUUGGGGAAGCCAGCAACCGUACUCUCCCCCCAACACCAUUAUGGUCCAGUGGGACUGUGGUGAUAAGGGUCUCUACCGGAUUGGCUACAACAAGGCCUUUGAUCUUAGGUUUCUUGAAUUAGCUAGUACAUGUGCAGAUCGUCAUCACAAGGUCUGGUGUGAUGGAUGUAACAUGGAACAGAUUAGAGGAAUUCGAUGGAGAUGCACCGAAUGCUAUGCCAUUGACCUCUGUACUGCAUGCUAUAUGAGUGACAAACAUGAUCUUAGUCAUGCCUUCGCAAGGGUUGUUUCUUCCAUGAAGACCUCAAAGGGUGUCAAGGUGUUACCAAGAUCAUCUUCAUCGCAUAUACCUCUCAAAGGAAGUUUUCCUGGAGCGAUGGUUGCCAGAUAUCCUCAAUGGUGCAAGAAAAAUAAGAAAGACCGGCAGAUUGGGAGAGUAUCAAAGAUUGGACAGAGAACAGCAAAUCUCAGCCUGGGACAAACUUUGGUAGAGUUCAACUCUGGACGAGAAAGGGUAGAGGUCACCGAUAUCAUCUGCAUGUUACCAGGGUCUGGUGGUCACGUUUACGAGGGACAUCUGCAAAAUUACGGUGAAGUACAGUUUGUGGAUGAAGGAGACAAGGUUUUGAUAGCAGUAACUCCAGAGGAAAUGCAAGUACUUCACGAACGCAGAGGAUUAUGGGAUCCUGACAUGAUCAAAACUUGUGGAAGAAAGGGAUACGUGACUAAAAGAACGGAUGCAGGUAACGUCAAAGUGACUUUUGACGACAUCCAAGAAACUUUUACCAUGAAUGUUGCUGCUGUAAGAAAGCUUCAUCGUUUCAGUCUUGGUCAGGACGUCCGCAUCAGUGAUGACGUCGAGACGGUCAAGAGACUACAGGUUGGACAUGGCGGAUGGAAAAAGUCUAUGGAAAAGGCCAUCAGUGUUGUUGGGAAGGUGAUCAAGGUCAAGGAAUCUCACAUUCAUGUCAAGAUCCAAGACAAAACUUUUGUCUUCAACUCCGCAAACCUAGCUCCCACCACCAACGUUCCUCGGCGGAAGCCAAAAGAAAAGUCAUUUGAAGAGUUUUUGAUGAACGUUGCCCAAGACAUCCAGAAACCUGAAACGAUGAUAUCGCUUGCAGUAGCUUCCCACAACAUCCCUGCUGUUGAAGACUUGUUGAAGGAGCAUCCAGAAUGGAUUCGUCAUGAGCCCACCAUCGGCAAAUCGCUUAUUUCGGUCGCUUGUGAUGACGUGGACAUGAUGAAAGUUCUUGUUGAGAAAGGGGCCUUCAUUGAGAGCUAUGAUGAGCAGGGCUGCACACCACUGUUCUAUGCAACUACGGCGAACAACUUUGAUGGUGUGCGGUACCUCCUUGAGCAAGGUGCUAAUGUUGAUUCGGCCAACUUUGAAGGUCUGACCAGCUUUAUGGUUGCUUGUGAAAAUGGAUCCUUUGAAUGCGCACACUACCUACUCAUGCAUGGGGCCGAUGUCAACCUCAAGUCCAAAGAUGAUUGUCUGCCUGUAAUCCGAGCCAUCGGGAGCAAAGGAAGGACCAUACUAGACCUUAUUCUUGCCAGGAAGGAAGUCGACCUGAAGGCAACGUCAUCAUCAUCGUGCAUGACUGCAAUGAGCUGUGCAGCCCGUUCAGGGAACAUCUAUGCACUUACAAAACUCAUUGAGGCAGCACCUAAGAUGGUUGAUGUCAAACAGUGCAAUGGAAAUACUCCCAUCUUCAAUGCUGUGUUGGCAAAUUCCCUAAAAGCAACUGAAGUACUCGUCAAAAAGGGCCACUGCAAUGUGAAUGUACAGAACUUUGAUCAAGGAUACUGCCCGCUUCAUCUGGCCAUAGUGAAGGAGAACUUUGCUUUGAUUGAGGUCUUGGUGAAGAAUGGUGCCGAUGCGAACAUUCCCAACUGCGAUGGGGACACCUGUUUACAGAUGGCCAUGGAUGCACUUGAUGAUAUUGAAUGUGAAGAUCGUCAUGUUGAUGAAGUACCUUUCAUGGCAGAGAUGAAGAAGAAAUGGGGCCAUGUUGGGAUCAAGACAAACGGAGAUGCUCUUCUUGCCUACCUGGUCUCUCAUGGUGCCGACCUUGAUGCUAACAACUGUGAAGACUUGACUAUACGGGAAUCGUGUACACUAGAAGAUGACCUCUUGCAGGCUCUAGAUAAAAUACAGUCCAUUACAAGGAAAGACAUUUCCAGACUUCAAAGCACAGCUGACCGUCCCCUGCGCAGCCUGACCAAGGUCUCUCCAAACACUGAUACCGAGAAUGGGUCUGGUCUGAAAAGCUCACUUACAACAAAGAUGCAACAGCAGAGUGCAAGGAGGCCUUCAGAUCAGAUAUCAGUGAGUUCUGCCAGACCGGGGUCCAAGAGAUUUAGCCCAAAUAAUCCAGCUAAGAAGUCGUCAGUAGGGCCAGCAAGACCAGAGGCAGAAACACAGCAUGCAAAAGCCUCUUCAGAGAAGCCAACAAGCCGGCUAAAACCAAGUGUAAAGACUCAGAAUGGAUGGACAUCUCCAGAAAAUUUGUCAGGGAGUAUGUCAAGACAGGAUGCAAAGAUGCUGAGUGCAAAGACAUCUUCAGAGAAUUCCUCUAGAAGUUCAGCGAGACCAGAUGCCCAAACAAAGAGUGCAAGAACAUCUUCAGAAAAAUCUUCAACAGGUUGGACAAGACCAGGCGCAAAGACUAAGAAUGCAUGGACUUCCUCUGGGAAUUUUCGAGAGAGUUCAGCUAGACCAGGUGUCCAGACAAAUACUGGAAGAACAUUUUCAGAAAAGUCGUCAACAGCUCCAAAGGCAUCUUCAGACAACUUUUCCAGGAGUUCAGCGAGGCCAGGUGCCCAGGUUAAAAGUUCAAGACUAUCUUCAGAAAAGUCAUCAACAAGUUGGGAAAGACCAGGAGCAAAGAUGCAGAGUGUGUGGGCAUCUCCAGAGACAGAGUCGACAAUGAGUUGGCAGGAGCAAGGUAGAAAGACACAGAGUGCAAGAACUUCAGCACAGAAGGUGUCAGUGGGUUCUGACAGACCAGAGACAAAGACACAGAACACAAGAAGCUUUCCAGAUAGGUCAUCAACUACUCCUCUCCCUACAGGAGCUCAGAAAAGCAGUGCAAGAAAUGCCUCUUGGAGGUCAUCUAUUAGCUCAGGAAGCCAUCAAAAAUCAGCAGGGAAAAGCUUGACAAAUGGUUGGAAGAGAGGAGCAGGGGACAACGAUGCCCAGAAAUCCCAAGAUAAACCCACAGACACAGGUGAGCGUGGUCAACUAGAAGCAGAACUUCAACGCAAAGAUGACCAGCUCAAAGCACUGAGGUCAAAGGUCAAGACACUGGAGCACCUGGUCAAGAAGAAAAUCUCCUUCGCCUGUGGUCAUGACAUCAUCAGAAGCAUUGCUGAGCUGAUCCCGAACUGCCCCGAGUGCAGGAAUCCGAUAGCAUCGGUUGCUGAUGCCUAAGAAUAGGCAGACAGUCUUGUCGUCAUAGCCUGAUACCUGAAGGCUGCGACAUCAACGCCAAGGCAUGGAAAACUCAAGGCCAAGGCAAAUUUCAACAUAAUGUGCUCAAGAAACUUUUGAUAAGAUUUCCAGUGAUGUCACCUGGAUUCAACUCUGACGAGGACAAUACUCAACUCUAUAGACAGUUAUUAGUGAUAGCACUGGAUCAUCACAAGUUGUGGUGCAAAGUAGCUGGUCUGUCCAGACUGUUGAAACCCUGUAGGUCAUUUAUGGAAGUACUUCAGUGAUGCCACCUUGACAAAGACCAUACUUCCGUAUGACGAGUGACCAGUGAUAGCAUUUGGUUCAUCACUAGUUAAGUUAAAAAGUAGCCAUAAUGCAGGAAACUCAUUGUGCUUUUUAUUGAGGUAAUCCAGCAGUAUUACCAUAUUGAACCUUGAUAGAGAUAAUACUUUACUGUGAACAGAGACCAGCAAUAGCAUUGGUUCUUCACGAUUUCAUUUGAGAAGUAGUAAGUCUGUCCUAUCUGCAGGUGCCCAUUAGGAUUAGUUGCAGCAAAGUCAUCUGUUAAGAACUCUCUGUUAACUACGUAGAUGAAACAGUGACCUAUGAUUAGUAGAUACAAUUGUUCACCAUGAUUUAUGAGCAAUUCCAUGAAAUGGUAAUACAUGAUUCCCCCCUCUGUGUGGCUCCCCUCCUUCCUGUAAUGUUCUAUCUCUGUUUCCCUGUUGACAGGGUGCUACAUAACUUUUUAGAAGCACUUGCCCAGUUGGGCAAGUACAUUUGUGAAUAGUUGGAAUAUACUU